CUUAUUUAUUUAUUGACAGAUCUGAAAUUGUUUUUAUCCAGCCACUGGUGUUUCCUCACUUCCUGUGCUGUUAUAAUUUUAGUCCUCACCAUUACAGUCUCUGAAUUAAUGUGUGUGUUUAUUGUGUUGCAUUCUAUUUGUAUGAAAGGUGCUAUAUAAAUAAAGAUUGACUGAUUGAAAAUUGAUAAUGUUGCCAGAGGUUAAAAUUUAAAGGGAUACUUCUGAUUUUUGGAAGUGGGGUUUUAUGGGGUGCUUAUCCAUACUCAGCUUACUAAACACAGUCGAUGUCAGCCCCAAGUUUGGAGAAGCAGGCUGGAGUCUGAUACAGAAGCUACGCAGUGAGCUGCUGUGGAUAGGGGUCAGUGGCAAAAUGUAUUAUACCCACCUUAAUAAACUUCCACCCAACAAAAUUAUGCUCCGUGCAUGUCCAUGUGAUUGCUUAAAGUCUACCAAUCAGGGUGUGCGUGAGUUUUAUUGCUCGUUUUGAAUUACAGCGUCAGCCGGCAGAGCGGAGUUAGAGCAGUUACAGCAGUUUUCGCUAUGGGAGCGUUCUCCGCCCCGCUGUGCAGACGAGUAUGAACAACCCCACACACUGAAGUGUUGUCUAACAAAGGUCAAAGCGUUCCACAUCUGUACCUCCACACCCUUCUCUCCUGCCAAGAUAGAAAAAAAUAAAGUAAAUCAAAUUCCACACGCCCCUUUGGACUUUUGUUAAAUCCUCCACAGCUUGUUAUAAGUCCUCAUGACACUCAGGGUUGAAUGGCUUCUGUGUGUUGCUGCAUACACAGCAGGUGGAGCCAGAGAUGUAAUUCAUCACCUCUUUCAUGAAGAUCCCAACUGUAUCUUUAGACUCUAACAUUGCUGAUAUGUGGUGAUAGCUCUGGAUAGGAAAUGCAAACAUUCCAGUAUCACAAUAUAGUGUUUUGAAAACAGGGACCUUGAAUUCCUCCCUCCGACCUUGUGUUUACGUCAACAGUACCAACAAGGUCCAGCAAUAACAUCAAAACAUGAAUCCCCUCCACCGUCACAUUUACUAUUUGUUCACCUGCUGUGAUCUCUCUCUGUCCACAUUCACAGAUAUUGAUUAGGCUACCCUUUAAACCAAGUGCCAUUCACCUUCGACGUAUUGACAAAACAUGGAAAACAGGAUGUGUACAGUAUACUAUGAUGUCAAGGAAAAUAAGCUGCAUGGUGUUCAAACCUUUAUCAGGCCAGACCUAAGGGCAAAGUGCAUCUAAUAUCAGUUAUCAUCAGACUAUGGGAGGUGCAGACUGAUCAAUAAUCUCAUUCAAAGUGUUAUUAUGUAGGGGUUUAUGACCGGGAGUGAUAUAUUAACGGGUGGCCUAUUGUUUCUGCGUGUUCAUCACUGCGGUCUCAGGAUGUUCAAGUUAGUGCUGCUGUUCCUGGCACUGUCAGGCCUCCAGGCUCUCCCACUUGGAGACCCCAGAAGUUUGCAGGAGACAUCUUCCACCUACCAACUCCCUGAUGGCUUUCGACAGGGCACUGAACACUCUGACAUCGGUGAACCUGUUCCUGACAGCUUCCGACAAGGUACUGAGCCCUCCAGGAGAUUUCUUGUUGACCUCAACACCGGCCUGGUGCGGGAAUACAUCAGUGAGAUGGACAGGAGAGUGGUCCCUGUUGAUGUUCCAGCCCAGAAGAACGGUGGUGGCUGGGUCCGGGUGGAGGAUCCUUCUGCUCCUUAUCUCCCAGAUGGUUUCAGACAGGGAACCGAACCCAUGAGGUCUAUCCCAGAUGGUUUCAGGCAGGGAACAGAACCCAUGAGGUCUAUCCCAGAUGGUUUCAGGCAGGGAACCGAACCCAUGGGGUCUAUCCCAGAUAGUUUCGAACAGGGCAGCGAACCCAUGAGGUUUGUCCCAGAUGGUUUCAGACAAGGAACUGAACCCAUGAGGUUUGUCCCAGAUGGUUUCAGACAGGGAACUGAACCCAUGAUAUCUAUACAAGAUGGGUUCAGACAGGGAACCGAACCUGUGAUGUCUGCCUCAGAUGGCCUUAGGCUAGUUGCUGAACCUAUUGUGGCUAUCCCAGCUGGUUUCAGACAGGGAACUGAACCCAUGAGGUUCGUUCCUGCUGGUUUCAGACAGGGAACUGAACCCCUGAGGUCUAUCCCAGAUGGUUUUAGACAGGGAACCGAACCCAUGAGGUCUAUCCCAGAUGGUUUCAGACAGGGAACAGAACCCUUCAGGUCUAUCCCAGAUGGUUUCAGACAGGGAACUGAACCUAUGAGGUCUAUCCCAGAUGGUUUCAGACAGGGAACAGAACCCAUGAGGUCUAUCCCAGAUGGUUUCAGACAGGGAACAGAACCCUUCAGGUCUAUCCCAGAUGGUUUCAGACAGGGUACUGAACCUUUUAUUACAAUCCCAGAGGGCUUUAGACAGGGAACAGAACGUUCCACACCUGGUCUCCAAACGAAGACACUGGCAUGUAAAGGGGAGGUCAUCAAUGGAAAAUGCUACGAGUUCAACCCCACACCACUGGCCUUCCAAGAUGCACAGGCCUUAUGCAGAGCUCUCGCCCCAAAUGCUGAGCUUGCAUCUGUAACAACCAGCGAUCUGCAUUCCCGCCUGGUCUCCCUGGUGACCAAGGGUGGUGAGAACAACCCUGUGUUGACCUGGCUGGGAGGGACGGUCGAGAACCAGCAGGCAUCAUGGGUAGAUGGGUCAGAGUGGAGUUACAGCGAUUGGAUGCCAGGUCACCCCAACAUUCACACUGAAAAACCUGUUUGUGUGGAGAUGUUCAAGAUAGAUGAGAGCUGGUGGACAGCCGCUGACUGUGAACUGAAGAGAGCGUCCAUCUGCUCGUACCAGAUCACUGCGUGAGAACCACAUAGAAACACAACAUGAGAGGAAGCCUCUCCUGAUUCGUUUCCUGUUGAAUAAUCUCAUAGACAAUAUUGUCUCCAUUAGUUCUGGCUACCAUUGUCUGCAUUAUCUUAAAUCUCCUUGAAUAAAACUAAGCAUACUA